GCUCUCCAGAGCGGGCCAAGAAUUAGCUGUUCCAGACAGAAGCAUUGUAUCAGCAAUGUGGAGGAAUAGAAGGUUGAUGGCAUCACCUAAUGAGACACAUGAAGAGAAGAACUGUACAGAGCCAGCCAUUAAUGAGUUUCCUGAAGAUAUAUUUACAAAUAAAGAACGUCAGCAAGGAGGAAUUCUGCUUCAUAUCAUUGCCGCUCUUUAUAUGUUUUAUGCUUUGGCCAUAGUAUGUGAUGACUUCUUUGUUCCAUCCUUAGAGAAAAUUUGUGAGAAACUACAUUUGAGUGAAGAUGUUGCUGGUGCCACAUUCAUGGCAGCAGGGAGCUCCACCCCAGAACUGUUUGCAUCUGUUAUAGGUGUAUUUAUUACUCAUGGAGAUGUAGGAGUUGGGACCAUUGUUGGUUCAGCAGUUUUCAACAUCCUUUGCAUUGUUGGUGUCUGUGGACUGUUUGCAGGACAGGUGGUUUGUCUCACCCAGUGGGCUGUGUUCCGGGAUUCUGUAUACUACACAAUAUCUGUGAUCAUACUUAUUGUUUUCAUAUAUGAUGAGAAAAUAGAAUGGUGGGAAAGCCUUGUACUCAUCAUUAUGUAUUCAUUCUACAUACUUAUCAUGAAGUACAAUGUGAGGAUGCAAAAUUUCUUCACCCUUAAAAGCAAGAAUGUUGGAAAUGGUGACACAGUCAACAAUGAGCUGGAAGAUGGUAAUAAAUGUUAUACCUCUAGUUGUGAUGACCCAUCCAUUCCAUUACUAUGGAAAGUGAAGGGGAUACAGCAGUAUGGCAAGAACAGUGUUGUGAUGGUGGACGAGAUCAUCUGCUCCAGCCCUCCCAAGUACCGGUUCCCUGAAGCUGGGCUGCGGAUUAUGAUCACGAAUAAAUUCGGGCCGCGCACCAGGAUGCGGAUGGCAAGCCGGCUCAUCAUUAAUGAGCGACAGCGGUUAAUCCAAUCUGCCAAUGGCUCAAGCAAAGCACUUCAGAACAGGAGACAAGAGAACAUUGAAAAUGGAAACAUCCCUGUGGGGAACCAAGAGGAGGAAAGUGAACAGGACAGUCUAACUCCAUUUUCAGUGCCAGAUGGGAAAAUGAACAAAAUUAAAUGGCUUUUGACAUGGCCAUUGAUAUUCCUGCUCUUUACCACAAUUCCAAACUGCAGCAAACCACGGUGGGAGAAGUGCUUUAUGCUGACAUUCAUCCUCUCCACUCUCUGGAUUGCCUUGUUUUCCUACUUCAUGGUGUGGAUGGUGACUGUGAUUGGAUACACCCUUGGGAUACCAGAUGUGAUCAUGGGCAUUACUUUCUUGGCUGCAGGAACAAGUGUCCCAGACUGCAUGGCCAGCUUAAUAGUAGCAAGACAAGGCCUUGGUGACAUGGCAGUAUCCAAUACAGUGGGGAGCAAUGUCUUUGACAUUCUGGUGGGACUUGGUGUUCCAUGGGGUUUGCAGACCAUGGCGAUUGAUUAUGGAUCAACUGUUAAAAUAAACAGCAAAGGAUUGGUUUAUUCAGUUGCACUUUUGCUAGGAUCAGUGGCACUUACUGUGUUUGGAAUCCAUGUGAAUAAGUGGAAACUUGACAGGAAGUUAGGCAUCUACGUGUUACUUCUUUAUGCUGUUUUCCUGUGUUUAUCUAUAAUGAUAGAGUUCAAUGUCUUCACCUUUGUCAACUUCCCUAUGUGCCGAGAAGAACUUUAAACCACAACAAGGAGAGAGACUGAAAUUCUUCUGAUUACACAUGCUGUAAAUGACAGGAGGCAUUUCACAUUUCUAUCUUCUUUCCAUCAGUAAUUUGAGUGUCUUUCCUGCUUAAUCAGCUAACGAGCACUUUUACCUAUAUGGAAGGAAAGCAUACCUUUCUUUUUCUAUGCUAGCUGAAGGCAACCAAAGCAUUUUCCUCAUCUUUGGAUAUUGCUGCUUGGUUAUAAAGCUACAUGGAUCUUACACAGAACUCUAAAAGGACCCACUUCUGGGCAUUCUGUUGUGGUUUUCAUUCUCCUUUUGCAGACAAUCAACCACCACCAUCAAGGUUAGCAAGAGGAUGGGAGAAAAAUCUUUAUAGUUCUUUUGGUUUUGACAUUUACUUUCCGUGGAAGGAUAAGAGGCAAGUUCAGAACCUUUUUUGGCUCAGUCAGAAUAUUUAAACUACAGGACAAGAAAGUCCAAGGCACAUAUCAUGGCAUGUACUGUUGAGGAUCAUUUCCCCCUUCAAGUGCUCUGCUUAUGGAGAAACUGCACUGACAGUUUUUGAUGGCAGUGUUGGAUAUUUAUCACUCUGUUCAAUGAACAAUGUGGCAGAGAAAGAAGAGGAAAUGGUUGUAUGUUGUAUCACUUGUGAUGAUGCACUCUAGAAGAGUAACUGCAUACCGAAGAAGAGAAUUUACAUGCAGAAAUUCAUACUUGAAAAAUAUGUUUUAUUGUUAAUGAGGAAUGCUGUAUACAUAGAUAUAAACUGAUAUUUGUGGAAUAUUACACCACAAGAAAAACUUUGCAUUGGCCAUUGUAAGCCCAUUGUGUAAACUUAGAAGAAACUAAAGAAAUAAAAUAUAAUUGGGUGCUCAGUAACUAUCAGUUACUGUUACCAGCUGGGAGUAGUAGCUGAACAUAAUCCAGACCUUCUGACAACAAAACCCACCCUGAUUAUGAUUUGAUUUGAUUCAGUGUGAUUGGUGGGAGGAAGAAGCUUAUUUCAUCAGUCAAGAAGCUGGUGUAUUCUUCACCAUUUUUUUUAUUCCCAGAAGCUUAAUGAAGAUGAAUGUCUGACACAGAGCAGUGCAGAUAAGAGUCACCCUGACAAAAGCCAAUCUGUCAAGAGAGUGUGGUCCUUGAUUUGAUUGCAUGCAAGUUUUGAAGCAUGAUGUACUUCUUUUUUAACCCCAAGUAGAAGCCAAGUUUUGAUAUCCUUUCCACCAGCAUAAAUCCGAUACAAGGAAUUACUCUGGAUAUAAUUGACAGCAAGAUCCAGCCCAGAGUAUUAAAAUAGCGGGUAACAUUCCACAUUUCAGCAGUGAUGUAAUUGUAAAUCACUGAGACAGCAUAUUUUGAAUUGCUAGUAAACUUUAAAAAUAUUUUGAAGCUCUAUGUGAAUGAUCACAU